CCCCUCAGUCAGGAUCUAAAAUGGUGGUCAGAUUACACCUCUUGAGAAGAUAUUUUAUGUCUUGCUCUUUUCCUCUGCUCAGAAAGCUACCAGAAAAAGAUAUAAUUAUCAACAGGAUAACUUACAGUAAUAGGUCGUUGCCUAACAGAUAUUGGACUGUAAGGUUAUGCACAGGAACGAGGGUUUUCCCUAUUGAAUUGGACGAGAAGACUUAUGAGAAGAUAGCUGAUGAAACGUUACAGGAAUUAUUAUCAGUUUUUGAAGAUCUCGUGGACUCAGGAGAAAGUGGAGAUGAAUCUGAUGUACAAUACGAGAGUGGUGUACUUACAUUUUAUUUAGGAGGUGGUAGAGGGACAUAUGUCAUUAACAAGCAGACGCCGAACAAACAAAUCUGGCUCUCUUCUCCUACGAGUGGUCCAAAGAGAUAUGACAUCAUUGAUGAUAAGUGGACUUAUUCUCAUGAUUUGGUACCAAUGCAUGAGCUUCUGUCGAAAGAGCUAACACAAGCACUUCAGACUAAUGUUGAUUUGACUGUACUUAAUUAUGCAAAGAUUCCAAAAAGUUUAAUAAAAUGAAUUUAAUACAA